AUGUCUUUGGAAAUGUCGAAUGGGCCUACACCUUACGCCUGGCUUCGAAAAGACCUGAUAUCCUCUGGUGACGCUUUAACAGAUACCGAUUGGCUGCCUGUACUAGACUACACCACUGCAGCUCGGUCGGGCACAACCUUCAUUGAAGAUCCUACCGAAAGGGCUAGACAUAACAGCCAAAUGCUUACUAAACUCGUAGCUAAUCAAUCAACUACACCGUAUAACGAACCGAGCCUGUACCUCGAUGGCCAGGCCCUUAAAGAGUAUCACAAAUACGUCAAAGGUAAAUUAUUCGCUUCAGCAGAUGAAUAUUUCAGUCUGUGGAAGGAUACACGAGAUGCAACCAGGCUAAACAAGUCAUUGCAAUCUGCUAGAAAUAAAGACGAGGCAUCUAAACAAGCUUGGUACAGCUUACAAUCUACUGAAUAUGAAUUACCUGUAUAUUCACCUUCGACGGUCCAAGGGUUCUUAUCUCUUAAAAGUGCAAGGGUCGAAAAGCGAAUGCCAACAUGGGAAGAAAUUGUUCAAGAAGGUGAGAUUGCUGCUUAUUUGUGCAAUUUGGCAGAGACUCGAGGUCAAUUGGAAGAUUUCCAUGCACUAUCGAGUAGCCAAAGGGUGUCGCACGUGCAUGAGCGAAUGAUCUUAUCAUUGGAUACUCAAGAUGGCAAUGCACCUGCACAACUAAAUUCUUUUGGGAUGGGUCAUCCGUUUGGGAUGUCAAGUGGCUUUGGAAAAGGAAACCCUUAUGCGGAGGGAGAUCCCUUCAGAGCAAGAAAAGCACUCACACAAUCUACUGUGAGGAAAGAUUUCUGA